CUCCCCUGCCGUCAGUAUCUCAGCAAAGUCUGCAUCCUAGAACUUCUCCCACUUGAGGAUUCCAUGUAUCUUCAACUAAAAGAUGACGGAAUGUGACUGAAGAAGAAUGAGGAAGUCAAAGUGAGAGGAGAAAAUGAACGACACGACGGUCCCGCCGAGGAGCUUCCAGCCACCCACCAUCCCGGUGAUCAUGUUCAUUUUCGGGGUGGUGGGAAACGUCACGGCCAUCGUGGUGCUGCGCAUCUCCCGCAAGGAGCAGAAGGAAACCACCUUCUACACGCUGGUGUGCGGCCUGGCCGUCACCGACCUGCUGGGCACCCUGCUGGCCAGCCCGGUCACCAUCGCCACCUACAUGAAGGGCUCGUGGCCCGGAGGCGAGCCCCUGUGCCAGUACUCGGGCUUCAUCCUGCUCUUUUUCUUCCUGGUGCAGCUCAGCAUCCUGUGCGCCAUGUCGGUGGAGAGGUACCUGGCCAUCAACCAUGCCUACUUCUACAACGAGUACGUCAACCAGAGGCUGCCCGCCGUCGCGCUGCUCGCUAUCUACGUCAUCAGCGCCGGGCUGUGCGCGCUGCCCGCCAUGGGUCUCGGCCAGGUCAAGCGGCAGCGGCCGGGCACCUGGUGCUUCAUAGACUGGCACGACAACCGCACGUCGGCGGUCGCCUUCAACCUCAUGUACGCCGGCGUCAACUCGGCCAUCGUGCUGGCCACAGUGGCUUGCAACGUCAUGGUGUGUGGAGCCCUCAUCCUCAUGCACAGGCGCUUCGUUCGACGCACGUCCCUGGGCGCCGACCGGCGCCGCGUCUCCGAGAUGCAGCUGCGGCGUCGGCGCAGCCUGGGACGCCUGGCCGGAGCCGAGAUCCACAUGGUCAUCCUGCUCAUCGCCACGUCGGCGGUGGUGCUCAUCUGCUCCAUCCCCUUGGUGCUGAGGAUCUUCGAGAACCAGCUGAAAAACCAAUCAGAGGAGUCUACGGGGCUGAACAAAGACCUCCUGGCCAUACGCAUGGCCUCCGUCAACCCCAUCCUGGACCCGUGGGUCUACAUCCUGCUGCGAAAGACCGUGGUCCUCACGCUGAUGAAGAAGAUCAAGUGUCUCUUCUGCAAAAUAGGAGGGGGCAGGCAAGGCAGCGGCAGGCAAUUCCGCUGCGCCGACGGACGUUUCUCCUCGUCCUCCAUCGUGUCCCGGGACUCGCCGUCCUUGGUGUCGCGGGAGCUGCGUGGGAUGGCGUGCACCUCGCAGACCUAUCUGUACCCAGGUGAGGUGAAGGCGGUGGGCAGGAUGGGUUCAUUUCGAGAAGGGACAGAUGGAGGCUCCAGCCCGCCUGCCGGGCAGACGUUACUGAGCACCCGGGGGGUCAGGGGAACUCCUUUGGAGGACACGGCCCAAACGUGGCCCACGGAUGAGCACCCGGUGCGAUCCAAGCCGACUCUGCACAUGAUGCUCACAGAUGAGACGACCAACAUCCAGGAGAGAUGCAUUUAAAGACCGACCAAUGACUGAAGGCUAUGUCAAUAUCUUUCAGGGACUUAAGAUUAAGAUUAAGAUUAAGAUUAAGAUAUGCCUUUAUUCGUCCCUCAGUGGGGAAAUUUGUAUUGCACAGCAGCAAGAGUACAGAGUCAGUUAAGCAGUACAAAAUACACAAUAUAGAAAAAUAAACAAUAUAAACGACCCAAGUAUUAACAAAAAUCAACAGUUUUUCCCAGAGUUAUAUACAAUACAGUAUGUAGAUAAUAUGAGACGAGAUGAGAUAUAUGACCAGUCUACACACUGAGAUCUUGUUAGGGAGUUAAUAUGAGGCAUUAUGGAAACACUUCACAUAGAACUUAGUAUAUUGCAUUUAGAGCCCUUAAUAUUGCACAUGGAGGUUGAUCAGAUAUUGCACAGUGAAUGGGGUCUGGAGUAACUAUACUGAAUGUAAAAAGCAAAGUAUUACACAGAUGUACAUAGCAGUGUAGAAGUCUAUUGGGAGCAGUGCUGGUUGUACAACCUGACAGCUGCAGGAAGAAAAGACCUGCGAUAUCGCUCCUUCACACACUUGGGGUGAAGCAGUCUAUCGCUGAAGGAGCUCUCAAGUGCUGUCAAAGUGUCCUGCAGGGGGUGGGAGUCGUUCUCCAACAUGGAUGAUAGCUUAGCCAACAUCCUCCUCUCUCCCACCACCUCCACUGGGUCAAGAGGGCAACCCAGUGCAGAGCUGGCCUUCCUGAUGAUCUUAUCCAGUCUCUUCCUAUCCGCAGCCGAAAUGCUGCUGCCCCAGCAGACCACUCCCUGGAAAAUGGCUGAAGCCACAACAGAGUCAUAGAACGUCUUGAGGAGUGCCCCUUGCACUCCAAAAGACCUCAGUCUCCUGAGCAGAUAGAGUCUGCUCAUGCCCUUCCUGUAAAGUGCUUCCGUGUGAUGAGUCCAGUCCAGUCUAUUGUUGAGAUGAACACCCAGGUACUUGUAAGAUGUCACCAUCUCAAUGUCCAUUCCCUGAAUGUUCACUGGUGUUGGAGGAGAGUGGAUGCGCCUGCGGAAAUCCACCACCAGCUCUCUGGUUUUCCCCGUGUUGAUCUGGAGGCAGUUCCGCUGGCACCAGUCCACAAAGUCCUGUGUCAGUCCUCUGUACUCCAAGUCGUCCCCAUCUGUGAUGAGGCCAACAAUUGCAGAGUCGUCAGAGAACUUCUGCAGGUGGCAGGUUGGUGUGUUGUAGGAGAAGUCUGCUGUGUAGAGGGUGAAAAGGAACGGAGCCAGGACCGUUCCCUGCGGAGCCCCCGUACUGCAGACAACUGUGUCGGACACACAGUCCCGUGUCCUCACAUACUGUGGACGGUUGGUGAGGUAAUCCAGUAUCCACGAUGUGAGGUGCAGGUCCACCCCUGUGUUCUCCAGCUUGUCCCUCAGAAGUGCUGGCUGGAUGGUGUUGAACGCACUGGAAAAAUCAAAGAACAUGAUUCUCACCGUGCUCCCAGGUUUCUCCAGGUGAGAGAGCGCUCUGUGCUGGAGGAAGAUGACAGCGUCGUCCACCCCAGUGCCAGGUUGAUAGGCGAACUGGAGCGGGUCCAUCGAAGGACCCACCAGGGGGCGGAGAUGGUCAAGGAUCAGCCGCUCCAGGGUCUUCAUCAGGUGUGAUGUAAGUGCCACCGGCCUGUAGCUGCUGAGGUCCUUGGGGUGCGGCGUCUUGGGGACAGGAACCACGCAGGAUGUCUUCCACAGCUGUGGCACCCUCCCCAGCUUCAGGCUCAGGUUGAAGAUGUGCUCAACAAUCCCGCACAGCUCGUCCGCGCAGGACUUCAGGAGCCUGGAGCUGAUGCCGUCUGGUCCCGCCGCCUUCCUCGCCUUGGUCUUCCGGAGCUGGUUUCUCACCUGGGAUGUUGUGAGGGUCAGGUUGGAGCAGGGGGGCUGUGUGCGGGGGGAGGUUAGUGAGGAGGUUGAGCUGAU